UGGCGCAUUAGGGUUAGUAACAACAGCUGGACUACGAACGACAUUAGUGUAGCCUGGCUAAGGCACUUUGUUAAGCAGAUUCAGGGCUGGAGGGUGGGUAGCCACGUGCUGCUGAUAAUUGACGGCCAUGAGAGCCACAACUACUGCUUAAUAGAAUUCCAGGACUACUGCAAGGAGAACAAGAUUAUCACUCUCUGCAUGCCACCACACUCAUCACACAUCCUGCAGCCUCUUGACGUUGCCCCCUACUCGCUGUUAAAGCGCUACUACAGUAACAGGAUCUUGCUCUUAGCACGCAGCCGCAUCUACUAUAUUAACAAAGAAACCUUCCUCCUAGCCUUUAAAGUAGCUUUUAAGAAGAUGUUUACACUAGAGAAUAUUUGCGCAGGGUUUUAAGGCGCUAGACUAGUCCUACAUAACCCUAAGGUUGUGUUAUUAAAGCUUGAUGUACAGCUGCGCACGCCAACGCCACCUGCACCAGGCACGGUUGCCUAGGAGGCGCAAACACCGC